CACCAGUUGAAAUUAAAAAUUUUUCUUUAGUGUUUGUUUUGAUAUUUAAACGAGUAUACAUUUGUAAAUUAAAAAAAAUAUCAUGGACUUUGAAUGGAAAGAAAAUUAGUGAUCGUGGUUAAUAAUACGUGUAAUUUUUACGUUAAAUUGCCAUAAAAAGAAUGUCGUUUAUUGGCGGAAAUAAUGCGAGCAUUGACGUAAAUAAAUGGCCAAUGAUGUAAUUAAAAUCUCGGCUUUCGUUCUCGAUUAAUUUCUAUAAAUAGUUGAUUUUAACGAUGUGUUUACAUACAGAAAAAAGGACUUUACGAAAACUCGCAGAAGAAAUCAAUAAAUUCUUACAUACGUGCGUGCGCAAUCGACUUCCGAUUAAAAGUUUGCAUCAAAAAUAAAAAUAAUUCAUUCGAAUUAUAACCUAAAAUGAGGAGUACUUGAUAAAGAUGAAAAACAUUUGUUGUGGUUUUACUUUAAAUUGCUAGUUAAGUUUUUUUUUCGUUUUAUCGUCAAACUAGUCUUUUAAUUGCCAGUACAGUUUAGCAGAGUAGUAAGAAUUAUGGACUCGACAAAUAUACCUGUUUUACUAGUCACUGCAAAUGUAGGAUCUAUAUUUGAAGAUCCGAAUGAAAUGCUUAAAGUAUGGACCGAAGAAUUCCUUUCGACCGUGUCCAAGUUAGAUCCGAAAUUCAUCGGGCUGCAUUGCCAGGAAGUCGGAGGCAAAAACUACGAACUGAGUAUGAAACACGUCGAGCAUUUCGUGAAAUUACUCAUGUCCAGCAAUGAAUUACGCUUAUUCAAUAGAGUUAUGGUAUUUUUGGACGAAGACUACAGAUCUGCUGAAAACUUUACUGCGUUGGGGAACUUGUACUUCGUGCACGAAUCCGUAGAGAACGCAUCGAUUUGGAAUUUCGAAGAUAGCAUAUUCGUACCGGUCCAGGGUACCGAGAUACACUCAGGAAACAUCGAGACUGUCGUGACUAAAGAGAAAGCCAAAUUCCCGCAGGAUUUUUUCCCCGAAUGUAAAUGGUCUCGUAAAGGAUUCAUGCGGACUAGGUGGUCUUUAAACGGCACCAUAAUUGAUCUGGUCAACAUCCAUUUAUUCCACGACGCCUCGAAUUUCAUCGCGAUGGAAUCCUACCCGUCUGUUUAUUGUAAAAAUAGACGAAGGGCUCUGCAGCAUACGCUCCAGCGGUUCCAUAAUGACCAAUACGACAAUGCUCCAUUCUUCCUAUUUGGCGAUUUUAAUUUUAGAAUGGACACCGACGGUGUUGUUAAGAAAUUAACGGACGGACUGAAAACUACUCGAAUUCAAAAUAACAAAAAUAACGAAUUCGCCAAAUUGCAAUUUACUACUGAAGAUAACAAAUUGAUAUUGACAGUAGGCAAGAAGGAAUUUAAUCAUUCCGAUCACCAGACUGUCUUCAUGAACCCCACUUCUGAAUCGCUGAAAUCCUUCGACAAGGAACUGGAGGCGUUCGAAGACACGCUGACCGAGUACCCCGUGAACUUUCCCCCUUCGUAUCCGUUCGAAGAAAACAUCGCCCGCGCCACCACCUACAUGCAAACGAGAUGCCCCGCUUGGUGCGACAGGGUGUUGCUCAGCAAGAACGCCAAGCAACUGGUCGUCGAAAGCGCCGGCGUCGAUUACGGCCUCAUGGGAGUGGAGAUGUGCAUGGGAGAUCACAAGCCAGUCUACUUAAAGCUCCAGCUGAAGGAAAAAGCAGGUACAAACGUAUGUUGUGAACACGCACCUUUCGCUUGCUUGCCUGACAAAUGCCAAUGUUGCCAGAUAUACGCUUCGAUAAAAAUAAGUGUCGUAGACAUGAGCGAUUAUAGCAAAACUAGUUUCCAAAAAUUGCCCCACAUAAACUCGCAGCUGCUGCACGAGCCCGUCACGCGGGACAUGCUGUCGCACGAGCCCUACACGCCGGAGAGCGUCGAUUCGCAUUCGCAAUCGCCCGUCCGGACGUUCGUCGACAGCCCGGCGGACGACACCAAGACCUCGGUGUCGCCGUUGCAGCUCAAAACACGGCUGGAGAGCAUAAUACGCAUGGAGUUGAGCCGGUCGCCGAAGUGCUCCGCUUCCGAGAGCCUGGACGUCGACAAGCCGUCGCGGUCUAACGUUAAUUGUUGCGCUAUAAUGUGAUUUUUUUUUUGUAGUUUGAUUUUUUUUAUAUAUACGAAUGCUGUAGAAUUUUGACGCUUGCCGUGUAAGCACAAUAGUUAAAUAAGGAAGAAAUACAGCGAAAAUUGCGCGAUUUUCGCUUCGAUCUGGGACAGCGCAUGCUUAUUUGUACAGAGACGCUCAAUUUCGCAAUUUUUUUUUCUUGUAUAACGUGAAUUUAAUAUUAUAUACUGGUUUUUUUGUGAUUGCAUUAUGUACAUUAUGUACAUAUUCUUAUAUCUUACAACCCCUCAAAGGUGUUAGCUUAUACCCUCAUUCUCAAGACGGUUUGUACUUUAUUUCUCCAAAAAAGUUCAAUUACAUACCCCUUAAAUUCACCGAGUGCAAUACAAAAAAACCCGUAUAUUAUAUAUCAAAUUUACGCUGUAUUUAUUCCAUCACAAUUAUUUUGUUUUUUUUUUAUUUUCUGUAGAAUAUGUUGUGCACUGUGUUUCAUAAUUAGUCAGUGUUUGUCUAAAAUAUUUUCCCUGUUUGAUCCAAACUAGGGCUACAGCUAGUCGAAAACGACGGCAUCGCAACCAACAGUGCCAAGAAAUUAGACGAUAUCAUGGAUUCAACAACAGUGACCCGGUAUAUUUAUAUACAAAAUGUCGAUAAACCCAUUCAGAUUUUUAGGGAAACGGCCGUUUAAAUGCUGGCGUUAUCAUUCAUUGGUUUGUUAUACAUAUUUUUUUAGACUUUAAAUGCCCAGUGAAUCGCUAUUAGUGAUCUCACCAAAGUCUCGUUUUUGUUCUGCAUAUUUCACGACUAUUUUUAUUAUUAAUGUUGUUUUUUAAAUGUUUAGAGAAUCUACAAUUUUCGUUAUUAACAAUCUGUUUGAAUUUACUUAACUGGCGCAAUUUAGAGAUGUCCUUUUAAAGUACAAAGUAAUGUUGAAGAAUUUUGUUGUAAUAAGAUGUAAGAACGUUUUUUUUUUUAAUUAAGGACACUAUUUUAACGUGAUCUUGAAUGGGUUUUAUCGAGCAUUUUCAUUUAGGUGAAAGUGCCCGAUUAUGGGAUGGUUGCCUAAUAUGGGAUAUCUCAGUUUUGUCUAAUAUAUUAAAAAAUCUUUCAUAACAUGUUUGAAAUUUUGGUUUUCUAGAUAUUAAAAACAAAAAAUAUUCCAUAAUACAGCACUUUGACCCACACAAAUUUUGUUAAAAAUUCCAAAUAUUUGUACAUACAAUAUUUUAUAUGAAUCAUUUUUAUUAACUUGUUAUCUGACUGACUUAUAAAAAUGGUUUGGUGCUUUAAAGCAAUUUGUUGCUCUAUUAUUUUAGUUCCUAAAUUCUUUGAGUUUUCUGUUUAUAUAUAAAUUAAAGUUUUCUCUUUUUUAAAGGGUUUUAUCACGAAGAGCUUAAACCAUCGAAGUUUAUGACACGCGGCUUAAGCUCAUCGCAGGACACCCUGUAUAAUAUAUAGAUGUUUAGAUACGACGGGGCGUUCAUGCAAUAAAUUUGGUAUUUAUUCAUUGUAAUACUGUUUGAAUCUCGAACGCCUUGUUAAAUAAAUGUUCAGUGUUCUCUUAUUGAUAUUUAUGUAAGCUAUAUUCCAAAAAGCGUUCGAACCGGUUCUGUUAAAUUAACUGUUUGCGCAAAACCAUCAGAAACCGGUUAGAACGCUUAUGCAUUAUCUAGCUUAUACGUAAAUGUGCAUAUAUGACAGUGUUUUAAAUUUUUUUAAGUACUUACAUAAUUAAAAUAUAUUCCUUUUUAAGGAAUUGAGAACUAUUAUAAAAUGGAUGUACUAGUCAAGUAUACUUAAAAGAGUUUUUUAUUUACAAACUAGCAGGUUGCCCGAGCGGAGUGAGGAAGGUUUUUUAGGUUUUUUUAAAUGCAGUUAGACUUGUGACAUUUUAGGUCUCGUUAAUUAAUGUCCCUUCUAUAUUAAUUUUAUAUUGGUGAUUUUUUUUAGUAUAUUUACGGUCCCCUUGGAGACUGAAAAAUACACAAAUCUAAUUACAUUCAAAUUUUAUGUCUAGAAAUCCUUGGUUUUUUCCUCUUCAUUCCUUUGUUCCAUUUUUUAUCCUUUCUUAUUCAUUUAACCCUAACUUAAAUCCAUCCAAGUUUCUUUUAAUGUAUAAUUUUCUUUUUAUUGUCGGGCCCGCUGGU